AAGGUAAGCAUCAAACUUUAACAGGAACAGAACAUGGAAAAUGUCCCUUACUAAUAGCAAGAGAGAAUUGUUUUUUAGUUUCUGAGAUUAGAAAGUGUGUAUCUUGUUUGGUAGGAAAGAAAAUUUGAGGGUUAAAAAAAAAAAAGGAGAGAAAUUCACAGGCUUCUCGAGCUUUUUCUUUCUUUCUGUGCUCUGCAACUCCCAGUCUGUUGCUCCAUUUUGGGUGGGUUGGGAUUUCACGGGCAAAGUCCCAUUUGGGGUCUCUUUCGUCACCCACCAAUCAUCCAACGGUUGCAGUGUCUCCACGUCUUCACCACCACCGCGUCUUCUAGCUCGAUCUCGAACUGGGUGGUCUUUGAAUCUAUGAUAUGAUAAUGUGAGUGUUGGGUUUUUGGGAUUCUGGUUUUGGAUUAAGAGUGCUUUUGGGGUCGUAGUGGGAAGCAAGAGAGAGCAAUGGAUCGAGCGGCAGUGACUGUUGGUCCGGGAAUGGACAUGCCGAUCAUGCACGACAGCGAUCGGUUCGAGUUGGUUCGGGACAUCGGGUCAGGUAAUUUCGGAGUGGCGAGGUUGAUGAGGGAUAAGCAGACUGAGGAGCUUGUAGCAGUCAAGUAUAUCGAGAGAGGUGAGAAGAUAGAUGAAAAUGUAAAGAGGGAAAUUAUCAACCAUAGGUCACUACGACAUCCAAACAUUGUGAGAUUCAAAGAGGUAAUAUUAACACCAACCCAUCUGGCUAUUGUGAUGGAAUAUGCAUCUGGAGGAGAACUAUUUGAGCGGAUAUGCAAUGCAGGCCGGUUCAGUGAGGAUGAGGCACGCUUCUUCUUUCAACAACUUAUAUCAGGAGUCAGUUACUGUCAUGCAAUGGUAAGUGCCUUUAGUUUAGUGCCUUAUUUUCAUAAUAUUAAUAACUACACAGUUGGAUCCCUUUUUCUGCAUUUGUCUAUGAAGCAAGUAUGCCACCGGGACCUGAAAUUAGAGAACACAUUAUUGGAUGGGAGUCCUGCUCCACGUUUGAAGAUUUGUGAUUUUGGUUACUCCAAGUCCUCAGUGCUGCAUUCACAACCAAAAUCAACUGUCGGAACUCCGGCGUACAUAGCUCCUGAAGUGCUUCUCAAGAAAGAAUACGAUGGCAAGAUUGCAGAUGUCUGGUCAUGUGGUGUAACCUUGUAUGUUAUGUUGGUUGGAGCAUAUCCUUUCGAAGACCCUGAGGAGCCUAAGAACUUCCACAAAACAAUACACCGAAUUUUAAAAGUCCAGUACUCUAUUCCUGACUAUGUUCAUAUAUCUCCUGAGUGUCACCAUCUGAUCUCUAGGAUUUUUGUUGCUGACCCCUCAAAGAGGAUAACCAUUCCUGAAAUUAGAACUCAUGAGUGGUUUUUAAAGAACCUACCAACAGAUCUCAUGGAUGAGAACACAAUGAACAACCAAUUUGAAGAGCCAGAUCAACCAAUGCAAAGCAUUGAGGAAAUCAUGCGUAUAAUUACCGAAGCUACCAUCCCUGCAGCAGGUACAAAUAAUCUUAACAAUUAUUUGGGUGACAGCCUGGACAUUGAUGAUGAUAUGGAGGACCUAGAGAGUGAUCCUGAACUCGACAUUGAUAGCAGUGGGGAAAUAGUGUACGCAAUCUGAUUCAAAAGCACUGCAGGUGGGGGCAGGGAGACUCUGAUUGUUCAAUGUGCAUUGAAGUUUAUAUUUGAAACUUUAGCGCAAAUCAAAAUACGGGGUGACUUUUCAUCACUAGUCAGAAAUGGAGGAAAGUUUAGGUCAGGUUUUGGGAAACCUUUGAUGUCUUCUUUUCAAGUGGAGUUGUGUAUCAUAUUGUAGUCUUUGUAAAUUGUGACAUGUAAUUUAGCUUUGAUUAUAACGUUGUCUUUAACCAUGACGGUGACCAUUUUCAGUAUGAAGAUUAAUAAUCUCUUGGUCACGUGUAAAUUAUUUUCCCAAAAAAACUAUUUUGAAGUU